AUGACACAAGGAAACCCCGUUAUCCAUGAUAUCAAACACACUGCAGAGACAGUUCUUGGAAAGGGCCGAUGGUUAUCCUUACACCAGAUCCAAUUCCAGGAUCCUUCAGGAACACCACGCGGCUGGGAGGUCUGUCGCCGAAUCAAACCCGUCUCUGCCACCAAUCCUACAUCUAACAACGGCGAUAUUCUCGGCAACACCGCUUCCGUAGAUGCGGUGGAUGUGAUAACGGUCAUCAAAACCUCUCACAACAAACCAACACAUGUCGUCCUCGUCAUUCAAUACCGCCCCGCACUUUCCGCCUACUCUCUCGAAUUCCCCUCAGGACUCAUCGACGCCGACGAAUCCCCCGAGAUCGCAGCCCUGCGAGAGCUCGAAGAAGAGACCGGAUUCAGUGCCCAGGCUGGACAUGCUGUAAGGAUUGUCAAUGUCGGUGUCCCGGUUUCGUAUGAGCCUGGUCUGACGGGAUCGUGCACUCGUUUCGUAAUCGUUGAGGUCCAAACGGAAGAGGAGCAGCUGCUGGGGCCUGAAUCACCUCUACGAAAGGCAAAACCCGAGGACGACGAAUGGAGUCUCCAGGUCCUCGUCCUCCCUCUUCCAGGCUUGCUCCAAUCCCUUCAAGAUCUUCAAGAAAAAGUCGGCGGCCAGUCCAAGCUGGUCUUGGACAGUCGUCUGUACGCAUGGGCCCUCGGCCGCGAAUUAGGAUACUAG